AUUGUUCAGUUAUAUAUCUGCAUUGGUUGAGCUCACCUCGGAAUUAAGUCAAUUAACUCAUAACUCAUAACAGAAAUAGAAGUAUGGAUCCCAGAGCUGUAGUGGCAGGCAUAUCUCUGCUGCUAUUUAUCAGCAUUGGGGCUAGAGGAGAGGGGCUUUCUUAUAAUUUCUAUGAGGCCUCAUGCGCACAAGUUGAGGACAUUGUUAGAGCUGCCCUCGGACCUAUUUUUCUCUCUGAUCCGACUACUCCGGCAGCUUUGUUGAGGCUCAUGUUCCAUGAUUGCCAAGUUCAGGGCUGCGAUGCUUCGAUUCUUGUAGAUUCUAGUGAGGGAUAUGCUUCUUCUGAGAUGGCAUCGGGGAGAAACUUUGGUGUCAGAAAGAGGGAGACAAUCGGCAUUCUGAAAACAAUGGUUGAAGCAGAAUGUCCUAAGCAGGUUUCUUGUACUGACAUUCUUGUAUUGGCGGCACGGGAGGCGGUGGCUAUGUCAGGAGGGCCAGAAAUUAAGGUUCCUCUGGGAAGGAGAGACUCCAUUGUUGCUCCAAGCUCUAAGCUUGCAGAUUCUUUGCUUUCUGCAGCGAAUAUUGGUGUUGAUGGAACGCUUCAUGUCUUCGCAAAAUUUGGGAUGACAAUCGAAGAAUCUGUAGCCAUUUUGGGUGCGCACACGCUGGGAGUAACACACUGUUCGAAUGUCCUGAACCGCCUAAACGAAGCAGAAGACGGGCAUAUAAAAGGCACGAUCACACCUGGGUUUGAAGCAUUUUUAAGGCUAAACUGUCCUCAAGGGUCCUUGGCAUCAAACUUAACCUUUGUUCUUAAUGAUCCCACUACAGCUACAUUCGACAACCACUACUACAGUAAUGCAAUCGGAGGCCACGGGGUGCUUCGAGUUGAUGCUGAAAUGGUGAUGGACCCCCGCACAGCUCCGGCGGUUCAACAAUUUGCUGAAAAUGAGGAUUAUUUCUUUGAAGCAUUUUCUUCUGCCUUCGUCAAGCUCUCUAGCUCCGGCGUUCUGAUUGGGGAUCAAGGCGUUGUUAGAGAGAGUUGCAAUGCAAUAUAGUGAGAGGUAGUUAGAUGGUGCUUGUAGAGUGAGAGAUCCUAAAUAACAGUUACUGUUGGCUUAUUUUCACUGAAGCUUAUAGUUAGCAUUUACUGAAUGUCUCUGGCUAGCUUCGUACUUGAGCUGAAAUGAUAACAGAUCGAUGCACUUAAAAAUGAGAUCGAGCGCAAUUCAUUGAGCCUACUGACAAAGAUAGGGACAUGGCUUUGAAGUACAGCACAACCCCGGCCCAACCAAUAUCACGCACACUAGUUCUAAAGAAAGUUCUACCAUACCUACAUGUAUAUCAUACACAUUUACAUAUAUGAUGACAAAUUUGUUGUUAGGUAAUAUAACUCAUUUUUUUGUAUUAAUAGUUUUGUUUGAAG